CAAGCCCAUUCGAUCAGAUCUUGAAGCGAUGGAUGCCACGCAGAUGCUCGAAGUGAAUUGCGGCUGGUCGAGCCGCGGGGCGUCGACCGUCGUGGGCGCGACCUACCUCCAUGGCACCAGCGGCCAGCUCCUCGUGACGGCCUCGGACCAGGUCGUGCGCUGCAACACGGCCAUGUACGCGUCCGGCGUCGCGCUCCAGCUGCAGAGCUGGGACUUCCGCCCCGACAGCGCGCAGGCCAUCACGGUCCCGGCCGUCAAGCACGGCAAGAAGUACAUCUACUAUGCAGUGCGCGGCAAGGCCAAGACCGAGCUCAUCUCGUGGGCGGCCGAAACCACCAAGCUCGACGCGAGCCUGCCGUCGGUCGGUCUCCCGUUCCCGGUGCACCAGCUCUUUACGCACCCGCGCCUCGACGGCGUCAUCCUUGUGACCGUUGGGGGCAGCAUCCACCUCUACAACGGCGCGCUCUCGACGCUCGUGGCUGCGCCGGCCAAAGCGAAAGGCAAGGCCAAAAAGCUCACGACGGUCUUUGCGUCGGUUGACGCCGACGCCGCCGGGCAGCUCUACAUGGCGCUUCUGACCAAGGCCGAGACGUACAACGUGUGCAUCUACACGCUCGACACGACGACCAACAAGGCGGUGUUGCACCGCAAGGACACGCUUUCGUCGACCGACGACUUGACGUCCGGUGCGUUCCACGCCAAGGAUGCGUCGCUCUCGCUCUUGUGGGCGUCCGGUCUCUGGCAAAGCGUGUCGGCCGACGGCGUCAAGGACCUCACGUCGCUCGCUGUCACCGACGGCAAGAAGCGCCGCAAGGUCAGCGCGGUCGCCUACCAAACCUGCGAGGCCGCGCCGCACACGGUCGCGAUCGCGUCCACGUCGGACGUGCGUCUCUGGGACAGCAAGUACGGCGUCUGCCUCUCGACGCACCCGCUCGCGGCCAACUCGCACGGCAACCUCCUCCGUGUGUUUGCCUUUCCGGUGCACAGCCUCGCGCUCGUGUACGAAAAGGCGGUUCUCUUCACGGCGUUCCACGCCCGUCCGUCGACGCUGGCGACGGUGCUCGGCAAGGGCGCGGCGCCCAUGACGACCAGCACGGUGCUCAUCUCGACCAAGGUCGACAACAAGGACGUGCCCUCGGUUGUGCCGGCGCUCGAAGUCGAAACGUGGCCGGCGCAGAUGCUCGUCGGCAACGACGCGCAAAAGGAGGUCCUCGAGCAGCUCACGAACGAGUCGGUGACGCCGACGCGCGACGCGUUCGCUGCUGUCUUUGACAAGUACGUCUUCAAGCACGGCAAGAGCAACAAGGUUCGGGGCGUGCUCUCGCCGCUCUUUGUGACGCAAGUCGCGGCUCGCUGCAUUGCCUCGGCGUCGCUGGGUCUCUGGCGCGAGCUCCGCGUGCUCAUUCGGUCGCGCCACCUCUGCAGCCGGUCGCUGCCGGCGCUCAUCCCGACCUUGCUCGCGCACAAGCAGUGGGGGCUUCUGGACACGAGUCUGCGCUGCCUCGCCGACAUUGACGAAGCCACCAGCAUCCGCAUCGUCAAGUUUGUGCUGCGUCACGCGACGACCGCGAGCGUCGAGCGCUACGAGAAGCUCACCAAGGACGCUAGCGUCAAGACGCCGGCGCAGCUCGUCGAUCACUUUGUCCACCUUGUGGUCAUCUUGCCCAAGACGGAUGUCUUCUUGCAGAAUGCCAUGGCGACGCUGACGCUGCCAGAUGUGCUCGCACUCCUCGCGUUGCUCAAGAAGUGGUACGUGCGCAAGGACGCGGACUUGACGGCGGUCAUCGAGUGGAUGAGCUUGCUCGUCGACGUGCAUUUCACGCGCCUCGUGCUCGAGAGCGACACGCACCAGGAUGCGAUCAACCGUGUGGUCGGCGAGACGCAGGCGCUCGUGGCCCAGCACCUCGACACGUGCACGUUCAUGGCCGACGUCCACGGCGAGCUCGACCAGCUGCUCUCGGGCGCGCGCCUUCCCCAGACGGGCACGGUCCCCGACUACUCGGUCGAGACGGUCGUGCUGUAGAUAGUAACUUAAAAAAUGAUACACAACAUACACUUUCUCUGUA